AUGGGUUCUGAUCCUUCGUCUCAAAUUCCAGUCAUCAACUUCUCGCUGGUAUCGCCGGAGUUGGACAGAGGAACAAAAGAGUGGCACCUCCUGUGCGAGAAGGUCCGAGAGGCUUGUGAAAGCUAUGGUUAUUUCGAGGUGGUGUAUGAUAAAAUUUCUUCAGUGUUACAAGCAGAGACAUUUUCGGAUUUGAAGGAACUUUUUGGUCUUCCUUUGGAGACAAAGAAGAAGAAUGUGAAUCCAAACCCUUUCUAUGCCUAUGCUGGGCAGUAUGCCACGGCAUCCUUGUAUGAGAGCCUUGGAAUUGAGGAUGCCUCCGACCCCGACUCGGUUCGGAGAUUUGAAGAACUAAUGUGGCCUCAAGGCAAUGAUUUUUUUAGCAAAACAAUCAGCUCCAUAACUCAGCAGAUGGAUGAGUUAAAUCGUACGACCAGGACGUUGAUUCUCGAUGCUUAUGGCCUGGGAGAGACCUUGAACUCCAUCAUGCCUUGUACAACCUUACUGCGCCUUACGAAAUACAAAGCCUCACCAAAUGGGGAGUACAUGGAGGGGAUCACUGCUCAUACGGAUAAACUUCUGUCAGCACUUCUGUGUGCAAACCAAGUUUUUGGGCUCGAAGUUGAAGCCAAGGAUGGGCAGUGGAUUAAACUUUUUCCAUCUCCCAAUUCCUUCAUCUAUAUGGUUGGUGAUCCUCUCAUGGCAUGGAGUAAUGGGAGAAUGCAUGCAGCUAAUCACAGGGUGAUGAUGGAAGGAUAUGAAGAUAGGUAUUCACUAGGGGCAUUUCCAGCUCCAAUGGAGGGAACAACCAUCAAGCCAAUAAAAGAGCUAGUGGAUGAAGAGCACCCCCAAAUUCUGGAAGAGUUUGAUUACAUGGAAUUCAUCAGAUUUUCUUUAUCAAAAGAGAGUUUGACCAUGGAUUCAGCAAGGCAGGCGUUUGCAUUUCCUGGAAACUAUUGA